AUGAAUUCUAAUUUACCAACCGAAUGCCUUUUACAAAUCUUUGAAAAUUUUGGCCCGACGAACAAUAAUUGGGAUGAUAGUUUUAAAUUGUUACAUGCUUGUAUCUUGGUCAAUCGCAAGUGGUGUGAAGCCGGAAUCACUAUACUUUGGAGAGAGCCGAUUGAAUGGUUACAUUCCAAAGAACACAAUAGAAAUCGACUCGUACCAUUGAUAUCUAGUUAUAUUUCUUGCUUACCUCAAGAUUCGAAAUUUCAGAUCUUGAAUAGUGGUUUACAAUUACCCGUUUCACCAUUUUCGUUGGUAGCUAUUGACUAUCCGUCCUUGUUGAAAGGAUUUGAUUAUCAAUCUCUCUAUAAUGCGAUUGAUUUUUGGGUAAACGCGAAUUAUAAACCGGAUUACGAAAUCUACCAAGACGACGUGAUUUUUCAUCAAUUUCAAUUGAUGGAACUUAUCUGUAGAUUGCUCAUGAAUCGGUGCAAAAAUCUGAAAAGAUUCAGUAUUUUUAUGAAGGCUGGAAAUAAAGGAAUGAAAGUUGACAUUUUACAACUUCCCCUUUUACCAGGAGCAAAGGAAUGUUUCUCAAACAUCACGGAAUUUUCAUGUAAAGGAUGCCUUUUCCCAGAAUUUAUGUAUCUCGCAGCUCAAACAUGCAGGAAUAUCAAGAGAUUUAAUAUAGAAUGUUGCUGUAAGGAUAAUGAAGGAUUGGCUAAGCUCAUAGAACUUCAAAAGGUUCCUUUGGAUUGCAUCUUGAUAAAUUUCAAAGGUAAUCAGAUUCCUCUUCUCGAAAGCGCCAUCAGGAAGAAAUCCCAUUCCAUCACGAAUGUGCGAUUGUUUGGAUAUGAAAUGGUAUUGGAUUAUUUUAGAGAAUGUAAGAACAUUGAAAGGAUGAGAUUGAAAAUAUCUUCCCCCAUGCUCAGUGAUGUUGCGAAGAAUUUCAUGAAUUCAUCAUUUCCAAAACUUAAAGAGCUAUUCAUUUCAAUGAACACCUUAUCACAAUCGAGUGUCUUAAUUAAAAAUACUCAUGGAAGUUUGGAGUCCCUGACAAUUAAUUCUAUUUAUCUAAAUGAGACGGAACUUCCAGCAUUUACUGAGACGUUGAUCAAUAGUUGCAAGAACCUUUACCAUUAUGAUGGACCAUUUCAUAUUGAAAGAAUUGAAACUUUACAAUCAUUCUUUCAAAAUUGUCCAAAGCUUGAAUGUUUGAUUUUACGGAAAAUAAAUGGUGAUAAUUUAGAUAUCAGCGAUGCAUUGCAACGAUCCGGACCGUUUGUUCCAAUUAAUUUAACCAUGUUACAAGUUACAAAUUAUACCAUUUCGUCCGAAGCAUUGGAGAUCUUUUUGCGAGCAUGUGUUACCAGAUUGUAUAGGGUCCUGGAAUUUAUAUAUAAACCAACAUCUCAACAAGUCAAACUUACAAUGGAAAAGUUUGCUGAUCAAAAAGAUAUAAAAGCAAUUUUUGAGAAUAAAUUUUGA